AUGGAGCUCAGCCCGUCCAAUGCGAAGGAAGAGGCUCACCAUACAUCGCUGAACCCGCAGGUGAACUCCGUCUGCCACUGCGCGCAUCUGAGGCUGAAAGGCCCACUGCAAGUCGAGAAGCUGCGUGAACUGCUCAAGAGGGUACGCACGACCGUGCCGGGCCUCAUCGAGCUUCACUUUGGCGAAAACAUGAAUGUCUCCGGGAGCAACGCCUACUCCGCACAGGGCAACACGCACGCCCUCUUCAGUCGCCACCAGAAUGGGCAGUACCUCAAAAUGUACAAGACCCACCCGGCUCAUAUGGAUCUCAUGACCUACCUAAUGAGCAUGGCGGAGCGCCCUGCGACAGUGGUUGACUUCGUCAACCUCACUUCAAGCCUUUGA